AGAAAAAAAAAGAAGCAAGGUUGACUAACAAUGCCUGAUUGAGCUCAGUGUUGGUAAAAAUCCCAGGUGUAGGUGAUGACUACAACGUCGUGUUUGUACUUGCGCAAUGGUUCUCAUCCAUCUUUGUCUCAUUCCCGCAUGUGCACGUUAAGUGGCGCUGUCUGUCGCUUUUAUUUCUGCCACCAAAUGAAUUUGUGCAGGCCAAUAAGGCGUGUACAGACAAUGAACACAUAAAGAGCAAAGCAUUUGAUGAUACUCGAUACUCGCUCACUCCUCAGUCUUAGAAAAGACGUUCGAAAUAUUGGCACGAAGACUUGGUCAGAGAUUCUAAGCAGCAAGAACGAAUCAGCUUUUUCAUUAUUUUAUUUCAUAAGGAUAGUAAUAG